GGACAAUCAAGGGGGCUUUAACUCUUGAUAUACUCAUGGGUGGGUGAUUUAAAUCCGGACACCGUGAUUUAGCAGAAGAACCGAUAAGGACAAAGUGCUUGGCGGUGUAAAAAUCAGGCACAUCGGAAGAAUACUCAUAUCCAGUAUUGGUCUGAAGGAAUCAUAAAGUUUUAAAAAUUCUAACAGAGUACGAUUGACUAUCAGUAAUUAUGGCAGCAAAGAUUCGAGUUCUAACAGUAGUUACUAAUCAUGCCGAUCUCGGAAGCACUGGGAAGAAAACAGGCUGGUACCUUCCGGAAGUUGCGCAUCCAUAUGACGUCUUCGUCAAGGCGGGAUUCGAAGUUGAUUUCGUCAGUCCACAAGGCGGACAAGCACCCAUGGAUCCAGGGAGUGCAGAGGCCUUUAAAGACGAUCCUGUGUGUCAAGCUUUUCUGAAGUCCGGGGCUGAAAAAUUAAAAACGACUAUGACACCUUCUCAGGUGGAUAUAAGUAAGUAUAAAGUUAUUUUUUACGCUGGUGGCCAUGGACCAAUGUUUGACUUGCCAAACAAUAUGGAGAUCGCUAACUUAUGUACCAAAGCUUAUGAAGCAGGUGCUAUCGUGAGUGCCGUCUGUCAUGGAACUGUGGGUUUAGUGCCGGUGAAAUUAUCGAAUGGAGAUAGCAUUGUAAAGGGCCAGACUGUUACUUCGUUCACAAAUGCGGAAGAAGAAUUCAUGAAGCUCACAGAGGCGAUGCCAUUUCUACUCGAAACGAAACUAAGAGAGCUAGGGGCCAAUUUUGUGGGUGCUGCAAACUUUCAAGUAAACGUGCAGACAAGUGGACGAAUUGUUACCGGACAGAACCCACCUUCAGCAAGUCCAAUGGCUGAGAAAAUAGUCUCUCUUGUGAAAGCAGCUUGAACAGUAUAAUCCAGUUGUGCCAUAAAACUAACAAAAUAUACAUAUGUAGCUAUUAUAAUAACAUCUAGGUUUGAUCCAGACAAUCUUGACACUUUUGCCAUAAUCUACAUGUAUACUGAGUGAACAAAAUAUGUCAUUAAUAUUUAAUUGUGAUAUUAAAGAUUCAAAUGACCGAG